CGCGCAAGGAACGAGAGCAUGGGCUGAGGUCCAUGGCAAAUAAAGGGCACGAAUUUCCAUAUACAAAUAUAUGCUUCCCUUCUCACCCUCACUAUAAAUCUCGAUAGAAUACCUUGACAAAACUAUCCACAGCUUUUAAAUUUUCCCCAAACACUACCAUGUCUUACAAUAAUAACGGUUACGGCCAGCAAGGAGAUUAUCAACAGGGUGGCAAUCAUAUGCAAUCCAACUACAACUCUCAAAGCAGCUAUCAAGGUGGUCAGCAGCAGCCUGGCUAUAACCGAAAUAACUCUGGCGAAGCAGGAGAUUACUACGGCCAGGGACAACAGCAAUACGGCGGAGGACCUGGACAAUUCCAGAAUCAACAGCAGUACGGCGGGGGCUCAGGACAAAACCAGAAUCAAUCACCGCCACCGUACGGCCAGCAAUCUCAGUCUCAAGGAUAUGGAAACUCCGGAUAUGGAGAUCAGGGCUACGGUGGACCCGACGGAGAGACUGGCGAUCGUGGCUUCAUGGGUGCAAUGGCAGGAGGCGCGGCCGGAGCAUUUGGCGGACACAAAAUAGGCGGAACAGGCAGCACCAUCGUCGGUGCACUCGCCGGUGCUUUUGUUGGACACAAAACACAAGAUGGAAUCUCGGACUGGAAAGACAAGCGAGACGAAAAGAAAGAAGAGGAAGAAAGGAGGAAGAAAGAAGAGGAGAGGAGAGAGGAGGAAGAGAAGAGAAGGCGAGAAGAUGGACACCACCAUUCUGGGCAUCAUGGACAUGGAUCCCACAACAGUCCACGCGGCGGCAACUAUGCUGGCGGCUUCACUCAAACUUCGCGCGACAUCUAUCUUGACACUCACGGCGACUACCGCCUCCACGCCCAAUGUAGGAGACAGGAUGGUUCAUAUCAGUCAAGCACAAUCAGCCUCAAUCGUGUGCUCGAGAAUGAUCGCGGCUCCUUCCGGUGGUCUGGAGGUGGUGGCGGUUCCAGCUCGUCCAUCGUGACUGUUCAAUCUGGCGAUACGCUUCGAUCGAUUGCAGCAAGAAACAAUUGCACUUUUGAGGAGCUUGCCCGGAAUAACGGAAUUCAGAACCCAGACAUGAUCUACCCUGGUCAAAGUCUGCAAAUCCCAGGUAGAGGAAGCGGUAGUUGCGGUAGUGACUUCGGCUCCUCGGCUCGGAAUGUGCGCCUGGUUGAUGGUGGACAAAGACUCGAAGCUGAGCUGUCUUGCGAUGGACGCUGGUCAACAGCCUCUGUGAACCUAGACGAGAGAAUACGAAAUAGGGACGGCUGUUUAGAACUGGCUUAGACAAUCAGAUAUAUGGCGGUGGUAUAAUUCGGUACUUAUAGAUUUCUCUGUGCACUUGAUGGAUGUCCUCCCUGCUGUCAACCUUCAACUACGGACUUCAUUGCUUGACGGAAGGAUAGUGACACAAAAGGUUCUGAAGAUUGAGCGCAUUCAAGCUCCUGCUAGCGUCAUGUGUUCAUCGUCGUGAUGCAUAACACUAUUUUUGCACCAUGAUCAAUAUUAGUACAGAUACAGAAUCAUAUUAUGAACUACUCGG